GUUUCUAACGGUAAACCGUUAGAUGCUGCUGGUAACUCCUCCAGCCAGGAGGUGGCGCUAUGGAAACGGCGAACGGUUGUUUUGUUUCGGUGUCCGGGUAAAAAGAUAAACUCAUUAAGCAUGGAGUCUGGGCUGCUGAUUGGCUGGCAGCAGCAGAAGGCGGAGCUGGAGCAGGAAGUGUGUUGUCUGCAGGAGGAGCUGGCGGAGAGCCGAGCAGAGAGGGAGGAGCUGGAGUCCAGAAGCAGAGCUCUGACUGACAGGCUCAGCCAGACUCUGAAUCCUUCACUAGGCCUCUCCCUGCAUGAGGAGGAGCAGAGGAGGUGGAAAACGAAGUUGAGGGAGGGUAGGGAGAGGGAGGCCAGACAGACGCUGCUGAUCCACCGUCUGCAGAACAAGGUGAUCGAGUACAGAGAACGGUGUCAGCGUCUGGAUCUGCAGUUGCAGGAACAACACUCCAGGGUGCUGAGUUCUGAGCAGAGAAUCAGAGAUGAACACAGUGACUCUCUGGAAAGCGCCCUCAUCAGGCUGGAGGAGGAACAGCAGAGGUGUGUGUGUGUGUGUCAUUUACAGAUGGAUAUGAUCACAAAGCUCAUUGUGUCUUCGUUCCUCCUCAGGUCCGUCAGUCUGGCUGACAUCAACACUCUCCUUCGGCACCAGCUAAGCCAGUCAGAGUGGACCAACCAGGCGCUGAGGGAAGACCUCCAGAAGCUGACUGCUGAUUGGACGAGAGCUGUUGAGGAGUCGGAGCAAAAAGAAGCUGAUUGGCAGAGAGAGAAGGAGUGUCGGUGGGGUCAUGUGGGUCAGAACCAGGCUCAGUUGCUGUCAGUUUGGAGGUCUGUGCUUGAUUUGAGACGACACUGUCACACAUUGAAAACAGCUGCUGACAGGGAUCUGUGGCAGCUCAGAGCAGAGUUUUCCAGACUCUCUUCAUCUCUCCUACUCGGCUGUGACUCCGUCUGUUACUCCUUGAGGCUCAGCGAUUAUCCGAUCAAACUCGCCUCAUAUGACCUUCCUCCUCCUUUAUCCUCCUCACCUCCUCUGUCCUCCACUCUUGUUCUCCGGUCUCCAGACUUCUCAGCUUCUCCACCCCGUCUCCUCUCUUCCUCCACCAUGGGAACCUUCAUCUUAGGAGAGCUCAAAGAAGAGGAGGAGGAGGUGAAAGAUGAGAAGACCGUGGAGUUGAAGCUCCUUCAUGAGGCAAAGGUGUUGCAGCUGGAACAAAGGAUUGAGGAGCUCAGUCGCUCCCUGCAGACUGCAGACCGAGAGAAGGAGGAGACAGAGAAGGAGGUGGAAAGGUUGAGAGAAUCAGAGAGGAGGCUGCAGUUAGUCGGUCAGGCUGUGAUCAGAAUUUCCAGAAGCCUGAGCAGGAUCAGCAGUCAGAGACCGAGUGUCUCCACGGACAACGUCCUCAGUCUGGAUCUGUCCUCCCUGCUGUCUGUUCUGUCUCAGACUGAGAGCGCCCUGCAGUGGAAGCAUGAGGAACUGCAGGAGGCGGAGGUAAGUCUGCAGCAGCUCAACGAGGAACAAACAGCCCUGCAGCUUCGACUGAAACUGCUGGAGGACGAAAACCAGCAGCUGGACGUAAACAUUCAGAACAGGCAGCUGGACCUGAAGCACACACUGGAUGCCCUGAGCAGGGAGAAGGAGACGUUAACCUCCCUGCGUCUGCAGGUAGAGGAGGUGCAGAGACGAGCGGAGGAGGUGAAGAGGGAGAACGACAGACAGAGGAGAGACAGAGACAGACUGGAGAAAAGAACACGACAGCUGGAGGCAGAAACACACAGACGGGUGGAGGCGGAACUCCUGGAGAACCUCCAGCUGUCAGAGAGAGAAACUCAGCAGCGGAUGGAGAUCCACAACUUGAAGGGGGCGCUAGAGAGGGAGCAGCUAGACAGGCAGAGAGGAGAGGAAGAAUGCAUUGAUGUCAGAGAAGCUCUGAAGAAGUGCAGGGAGAGCGCGCUGCAUCUCUCCUCCUUAGAGAUAAUGUUGAGGCAGGAGUUAGAGGAGGCGCAUGACGCUCUGGAGAAAAUGUCGGCUCUGAACUCGUCUCUGGCUUCAGAUAAACGAGAUCUGAGCAAACAGAUGCUGCAGCUGGAGACCGAGCUGUCAGACAGCCAAUCACAGCUGCAGACUGUGAGGUCAGAGGUCAGCAUUCUACAGAGAGAUGUCAAAGGUCUGAGGAGUGAGUGCAGCAUCCUGAGAGCUCAGUCAGAGACAGACGCUGACAUCAUUCAUCAGCUGAAGGAACAGAAGGCUGAACUGGAGACAGAUGUGGUGGAGAAGGAGACACAGCUGGUCUCACUGGAAGAAGAGAGGCAGACAGCAGCACAGCAGAUGGAGGAGAUGUCCUCCCAACAUGCCCUGCUACGUGAGGAGCUAAAGGAGGUGCAGGAACAGCUGCAAAACGCAGAGAAGGAAUUGAAUCAGAAGGAGAGACAGCAGGAGGAGCUUCAGAGAGAGAGCAGGCGGCUGCAGGAGGAACAGGAAGGUCUGAGGAAACACAAGGAGCGGCUAGAAGAGGAGUUAAAGGAGCUCAGGUCUCUCUCCAUGAACCUCCACCUGCAGCUCCGUCAGCAGCAGCAGCAGCUCUCUCAGUCAGAGGUGGACAGAUGUCAGCAGAACACGCACAUCUAUACGCUGCAGCAGGCCAAGGUCACCUUACAGGGUGAGAUCGAGUGUCUGAGAGCAGAACUGCACCGAGAGACGGCAAGAAGAGAAGAUGAGAAGGAGAGGAGGGAAAGAAUCUGGGAGGAAAAUGAGGUGCUGAAGGUAAAAAUGGAGAGACUGACAGAGGAGGUGGAGGAGCAGCAAACCAGAAGGUCAGAGGAUCAUACAGAGAGGAAGGAGGAAAGGGAGUCCUGGCAGAAAGAGAGAGAAGUUCUGAACGAAGAGCUCGGGAUGAGGGACGGAGAACUGGAGGCCCUGAGGAGGCGCACUGAGGGACUGACAGAGGAGGGGGAGGAGAGGCAGAGAGAGGUGGAGAGACUGAGGGAGGAGGUAGCAGAGGGAGAGACUAAGAUCAGCCUCAUGAUGGAGAGAAUGCAGCAAGUAGAGGGGAAGAAGGAGAAACUGGAGGAGCAAAUAAAGAGGACAGAGGUCAGACUGGCAGAGGAGGAGGUGAAGAGGAAAGAAGAGGAGCUCCACAGGGAUUUGGAGACAGAGGCGCUCUGUGAACGGAUAGAGAAGUUUGAAACUGAAAAGAAAGAAAUGGAGGAGGAGAUAUUUCAACUGAGGAAUGAGGAGGACAGAGGGAGAACUAGAGCUACGGAGGAGAGGGAGGAAAUUAACAGACUGAGAAAAGAAAUCUCCAUGUUACAGGAAGACAGAGAGGAGGAGAGGAGACAGUGGGAGAAACAGCAGGAGGAAAAGGAGGAGUUGGUGGAGAAAGUGGGGGAGGUGGAGCUGCUGAGGGUGAGGCUUAACGUUGCUAAGGAGGAGUAUGAGGAGAUGAAGGAGGAGGUGGAGAGGAAGGAGCGCAGCCUGGAGCAUCAGAUAGGUGCUGUGAGGGAGAGGGAGGAGGAGGUGGAGGAGCUGAAGGAGCACCUGAGGCUCUCUGAGGAGCGUGAGGAGGAAGGAGAAAGGGAACGCAAUGUGGUCAACCACAAACUGAAGCAGAAGGAGGCGCGGGAGGAGCAGCUUGAGGCAUUGCUGGCAGAAACUCAGGCGCUCCUCGAGAAGGAGACGCGAGAAGGAGAAGAAAAAGACAACCUGAUUUCCUCCCAGGGCAGGGAGCUGCAGGAGGCUCAGGCUGAGAGAGAGAGAGCAAAUAAGGAGACCAGAGAGAGGAAGGAGGCAUGUGAGAGGCUGGAGGAGGAAGGGAGGAGGUUGCAGCAGAAGGUAGAACAUAAUCAGAAGGAGGUGACAAAGCUCCAAAAGAGCAUUAGGGACCAACAUGAGGAGGUGCAGCAGUUGACGAACACACUGGAGGAGAGAGAGGAGGAGGUAAGAGAGGGAAUGAGGUGGAGAAGGAUUGAGGAGGAGAGGAGGAAGAGGAGUGAGGAGAAAGAGAUGGAGGUGGAGGAGGAACGGGAGAAAGAGAGGGAAGUGCUCAGCACAGUUAGGGAGGAGAGGAGGAGGUUAGAGGACAGAUUGGAAUUAAAAGUGAAAGAGGUGAAGGAGCAAUGCGAGGAGCUGAGGAGGACUCAGGAGGAGAAGACAAGGCUAGAGAGCAAACUAAAGGAGAUGCAUGAUGAAAUUGUGGAAGAAAGGGAGGAGCUGAAGGGAGUGAGGGAGGAAAAUAGGAAGUUGGAGGAGCAGCUAAAAGAAAUAGAGGAACAGAGGGGUGUGCUGAGAAUUAAAGAGGAGAAACUGAGAAGACUGGAGGACGAACUGAGGGAGGUGAAAGAGGAGCAAAUGAUGCAACAGGAAAAGGAGAAAGAUCACCGCCUGGAGGAGGAAAGGAGGAGAUCCAGACUGAAAGAGCUGGAGGAAGAGAAGGCUGAACUACUGUUGGAGCUAAUGAGGAAGGAGAGGGAGAGGACAGCUUCUAGAGAGGAGGCGCAGGGUGAGAGAGACAAGGCCCAGAAGGAGCUACAGAGACAGACAGAGGAGCUAUCUGAACUCAGAGAGGAGGUGCAAAGAAUGCAAAAAGAGAAGGAGAAUGCCCAAGAAAAGGUGCAGGAGGAACUGAGAAUAAGAAUGGAGGAGUGGAGGUCAAAGGAGCUGAUGAGUAACAAGAAGGCACAGGAGGAGAAAAGACAGAUGGAGGAGUUACAACAGAAUCUGAAAAUGAGCAAAAUGGAGGUUUCUGGACUGAGAGAAGAGCUUUAUGAGGAGCACAGGAAAAUGGAUGAGCAUCAGGGCAAGCUGAGGAGGUUUGAGAAAGAGAUAGAGGCUCUCAUAGAGGAGGUGCAGAUGGAGAGGAACAAGGCCAAGGAGGAGAGGAGACAGACGGAGGAGGUUGAGCAGGAGCUGUGGAGUAAUAGCGAAAAGCUUUCUGUGCUCAGAGAGGAGGUGCAAAGAAAGCAAAAAGAGAACGAGGCCUAUAAAGAAAUGCAGGAGGAAUUUAGAAAACAGGAGGAAGAGUGGAGAUUAAAGGAGCUCAUGAACAUCAACAAGGCGCAGGAGGAGAAGAUGCAUAUGGAGGAGGUACAGCAGGAGUUGAUGAGUAGCCAAAGGAAGGUUUCUGUACUCAAAGAGGAGAUGUAUAAGGAGCAAAGACAAAAUGAGGAGCAUUUGAGGAAGUUUGAGGAAGAGCUGACAGUUCUCAGAGACGAGGUGCAGAGGGAGAGGAACAAGGCACAGGAGGAGAGGGGACAAACACAAGAGCUCCAGCAGGAGCUUUCUAGACUCAAAAAGGAGGUGAUUAAAGAGCGAAGGGAAAAUGAAGAGCAGCAGGAGAAGUUGAGGAAUUUGGAGAAGGAGGUGACAACUCUUAGAUUGGAGGUGCUAAGAGAGAGAGAGGAGGCCCAAGAAAAGCUGCAGGAUGAAUUGAAAAAAGGGGAGGAGGAGUGGAAGUUGAAUGAGCUGAUAAUCAGGAACAAAGCACAAGAGGAGUUACAAAAGAUGGAGGAAAUACACCAGGAGCUUAUGAGGAGCAAAAGCGAGGUGUCUGUACUCAGAGAGGAGGUGCAGAAGGAAAGGAGACAGAUGGAGGAGGUCCAGCAUGAGCUCUCUAAACUAAGAAAGGAGGUGGCUAAAGAACAAAGGGAUAAGGAGGAAAAGCAGGGGAUGUUGGAAAAGGAAGUGAAAUCUCUCAGGGAGGAGGUGCAAAGAGAGAAGGAGAAGGCCCAUGAAAAGCUACAGGAGGAACUCAGAAAAAGGGAGGAGGAGUGGAGGUCCAAGGAAAUGAUGAACAAGGUACAGGGGGAGUCGAGAAAGAUCGAGGAAGUCCAGCAGGAGCUGACAAGGAGCAAAAGCGAGGUGUCUGUACUGAAAGAGGAGCUUUUGAAGGAACAACUGGAGGGGGAGAAGAUCCGAGAUGAACUGAUAAAGAGGAGGGACGAGGUGCAAGAAGUCAGGAGGACCAAUAAUGAGUUAACAGUCAUCACCGAGGAGGCGAAAAGGGAGAAGAAGCAGAUAAAGGAAGAGUUAACGAGGACAGAGAUGGAGGUGGGGGCUCUAAAAGAGGAGAUCCAGAAGGCUCACAGGAUGGGUGAAAUGGAGGCGUCACUACUUAAAGUGAAGUUUCAGGAGGAGCAGCAGGAGAAGCUGGAGUUACAACAGGAGCUGAAAAUAAGGAGAGAUGAUGUCACAGUCCUUAAAGAGGAAGUCAAGAAGGAGCGCCACAGGAGGGAGGAGGUGCAAGAGGAAAUGAGAGGUGUUCAGCAGAACGUGGAGGUGAUGGAGGAGAGCCUUAACUCCCUGCAGAGUCAGGUGUUGGAUCUAAGUCGCAGCCGGGAACGAGCACGGCUGGAGGUGAAGGAGAAGGAGGAGGAGAGCCACCAGAUCAAGGAAGGUCUUAGUAUGGCCCUGGGGGAGAUGACCAAGCUGAAGGUUCUCCUGCAGGAGAGCCACACCGAGGGGGAGCGUCUGAGGGCAACACUAGUCCAGAAGAAGGAGGAAAUGGAGAAAAUCAGAGAGGAGAAUCAGCAGGUGGUCAGGGAGGAGGUGGAGAAGCAAGGAGAGGUGGAGGAGCUGAGAGCCAGAGUUAAGGGCCUGGAGAGGCGAAGGAACGAGAUGAUAGAGGAGCUGGAGAAAGCAGAGGAGAGGAGGAGGGAGGCUGAAGGGAGGUGGAGGAGUCGAGUGGAAGAGGUGGAGAAAGAGCAGGAGGUGAAGCUGAAUGCUCUCAAUACAGAAAUCCAGACACUGAGGAGAAGACAGGAGGAGCCAGAAAAAGAGUGGAGGUCCAAGUUGGAAGAGAAGGAGGUGGAGGUAGAGAGAGCAAGAAGGGAGAUGCAAGAGAGUCAAAAGGAGCUGAGCAGGUUCAGAGCAUUGUUGGAGGAGCAGAAAACUCAGAUCUCCACACUGGCUGCUGAAAAGGAUGGAGAGGAGACACAUGGAUGGAGGAGGAGAAAAGUCCAGAAAGGAGAAGAAGAGCAAGAGGAAGAUGAGGAGCAGGUUUCCUCUGUGUCUCCUGAGAAGGAGCAGCUCAGGAACAGGCUGCAGCAGAAGGAGGCUGAGGUCUACAUGCUGACUCAGAGGAACAAGGAGCUCCAGGCAGACAGGGACCGGGUCCGAUUGGCUCUGGAGCGGACAGAGGCUGCUAUGAUUGGCUACAGGGAGAGAGCCCACCAACAGGAGCAGAACCGCGUGACCGGGUCUAAUUCAGAUGAGGGUGUCGGUGACAGACUGGUGGUCCUGCAGCGUCUGGUGGCUGAACUGGAACUCAACCAGAAACGGAUAAAUAAGAAGAAUUCCCACCUGGAAACCCAGAAAGACAAGCUGAAGAGAGACAGAGAGGCCCUGAAAGACACGUUGAGACAGGUGGAGCAGGAACGAUCAAGACUCCAACAUCAGCUCACACUCAGCUCUGGGUCUCAGACGAGGCUCACUCAGGUAUCUGAGGAAACCACUGAAGUAGAGCGGUUGCGGAGCACAGUGACAGAGCUAGAGGACCAGGUGAGUCGUCUCCGUCUCUCAUUGGCUGUGAACCAGGAGCAGCAGGCGGAGUUUAUUGAGCAGUCAUCCAGAAACAGCCAGUGGCUGCUCUCGCUGAGGCAUGAUCUCAACAUUUCGCUGACUGCCGUUUCACGCCAUCCAAUCCCAGCCGUCCUGGAAUCUGAAACGCAGCGAUUGGACCGCAGCCUGAGGGAGGAGGAGCUUAGGAUGUCUCUGAGCCAAUCAUAGAGGGGAGAAACUUUGAAUCCAAAGUUGCUCACUGGCCAUAUCUCUGCAGCCUGCUCUCUGAUUGGACAGAUUCUGACUGCAGUGAGUUAUUUAUUUAACAUUGACCAAUCAGAUGAGACCAAAAUGUUACAGUUUAUAAACAUUCAGGUAAACAUAGUUACACAGUGAUAAAUAUUUAUCAAUGUUUAUCCCCAAGAAGGUUCUGAUGAGGGGUUUUUCCUCAUGAUGGACGGCACCCUUUAAAAACGUGUGAAGGUUCUGAAUCCAGAACAUUACUGGAUCUGUUCACAGAAUAACCUCUAAAGUUCUUCAAGCAGAUAAACAGACUGGACCAAAAGAUCUGCUACACUGAGUCCAGUUGCAGUACAGUUGGUAUUAGAUGUGUUCUGAUCACUGCUGUUAACUUCUGAUUGACUGAAUAUUUAUAGUUUUAUUUUUGUUUAAUUUAAAUUUCAUGUCUUGUUUGCGAACGGCUCAAUAAACCAACGUUUUUAUAACCGA